CGCAGACAGCAGAGAGUAAAGAGUUGACAGUCUGAGGAAAGGUUCAGGUCUCUCUCUUGCCUCUCUGAACAAGUUGCGGUUAACGUAAGGAUUUUCCAGAGUUGGACCAGGAUCUUUUUUGUCCUUCUGCGACAUGGAAACUCUAUUGGACACACAACGAAGACUCAAGUCCCUGCUAUUAAUGUACCUCUUGGUCGUAAACGCAGCAGGUGACUGUCCUAAACCUGAGGGAGGGAACAAUACUGUCCUAACCAAUGAAUCACUUCUAAAGAAUGUUUUCCCAGAGAAUAUCAUGGUCACGUUAGAGUGUUCUAGUGGAUAUAUUAAAGAAAGCGGCUCUGAAUUUAUAACUUGCAUUAAUGAUCAAUGGACUGAGUCAGAGCUCAUCUGCAAGAAGAAAGACUGUGGUCAACCUCCACCAAAGCCACAUAUGAAGUUUGAUACAAGUGAGGGUACUCUGUUUGGUGCUCUAGUAAAAGUAACUUGUGAAAAAGGUUACCAGAUUAGCGGGCCGAGCUACAAAGAGUGCUAUGAUCAAGGGUGGAGUGGCAGAGCUUCUUGCGAAAUUGUAGCAUGUGACAAACCUGCAAUAGCCAAUGGCAAUACUUCAUGGGAUUCUGGAGAUGACCCAGAAUACAACAAUACCAUACGUUAUACCUGUCAUGAAGGAUACACCCUCAUAGGGAGUGAUACUGUUGUAUGCGAUGAAACUGGUGAAUACAGUCCUGAUCAACCUGUAUGCAAUGAAGUGACAAGAGCGCCAGCUACUACUUCUCGAUCACAAGUUGCCAUAACGGAUUUGACAACAACUGACGCAAAAGUAUCCACGUUUUCAGAUUCCUCUGCUGCACCCACAGUUCACAGAACUCAAACUGUCACAACCAGUUCAAUACCAAAUCUCUCAACUUUACCAAAAGUUUUCAGAGGAAAAGCUACUUCUGCCGGUAUUCUGUCAACUACAUCAUCAUCCUUUCAAGGCAUGCAUGAUGGGAAUGUAAAUACUGCCACGGAUAGUGGAACAGUGGCUGCUGUCGUCAUUGGUGCUGUGGUUUUGUUAGGUGUAAUUAUAGGUUUUUUCCUCUUGCACAAGUUUAACAUGAGAAGAAAAGGCUCAUAUGACACCAGAGAAGACCAGAAGCCGGGGUUAUUACACUUCCAAAAUCUUUAGAUUGCCUGCCUCACCCAGUUCACAUGGAAUUUCACCUUUAUGAAAAGGCCCAAGGAUGUACCAUCAAACUGUGCCUCGCUGAGUUGACGGGGAAAGACAACUUACUUUCAUUGUUGCCACAGUUCAUUUGGCAGAUAAUCCACCCUGCUGAGCUUACAUAGUUAAAGUAUCAAACUUGGAUUGCCUUUUGUAAUAUUAUAUUUGAUUUUUGCAUUAUUUUAAACCUAAUUUGUAAAUAUUUUAUUGUACUUUAUUAUUGCUGCUUAUUUGCUAUUUAUGUUAUAAAACAGAGUAAAUACAAUAAUGUUGUUUUCUUGUUGUUCUUGCAAAAACAUUUUUUUGUUUGCAGCUUUUGAUCAAUUUUACCACCAUAACUUUACAUGUCAUGUUAUAUGUUAAUGUUUUGUUUCAUUUGGCCAGAAGAAAGGAGGUUAGAAAGAGAUGCAGUGCAUACAGUGUGGUUAAUUCAGUCAGUAGAAUGAAGUGGUGACUUCUAAAGAUACAAUCAGCUGCAUUCUUUGCCUCCUGACUUUCUUUUCAUCAUUGUCUAUUGUUGAGAUCUAAGCUGCGGAAAAAAAGAGUAAACUGCACUCCCAUGAGAAAAGGGCUGUGUAGUUUUUUUUUCUCAUUAUGUUCUUUAGUUUUUUCCUCUUUGAUCAGGCAAUAUUUGGCUCUAUUAAAUAUGAAAGGAAUUUCCAAGACCAAGGAGCAAAAUUGAUAAAAAAAACAAAACAUAACUGAAUGGGUUCAUUGGACAGAUUGAGACGCUGUUGUGAAAAUGAAAAUAAUCUACUAGAUAAGAGAAAGAUUUUAUAACCUAAUUUUUGUUGUGCAUGCUACUAUUAUGCAGGUUAAAGAACAUGAAGUCUUCAUCACACCUUAAAAUGUAAAAGUUUCUCUCCUAGGAGGAGAGCAUCAGUGAAUGCAUUCACUGUCAUGUCAACAGAUUAGCACAAAGCCAUUAUGCUGACAAGGGUGUGGAUCCAUACAAAGACAAGCCCAAAAUAAAAUGUGAUGAUGACUGUUUCAUUGUAUCCUGCUCAAGUGUUGUAUUUCAUUCAGUGUAAUACUUCAGCUCUAUCUCACGGCAGGAUACGCCUUCAUUAACAUAGUUGUUUGUCUUAGUUAUGCUGACAGACAUUUAAUUAUCAGAGGGAAGUGGUUUUUGUUUUUCUCAGAAACCUUGACAAUCUUGGCAAAAACAACAAUCCACCAUAAGACACCUUAAAAAUGAAAUUUACUAUAUUUAUAAGGUUUUCUCACUGGUCGCAUGUCCACUUUGCGUUGGACUUUUUUGUAUUAAAAGGAUACAUCUGAGGA